ACCAGCCACUCAUGUUGCCUGGGGCUAUUGCCACACAUGUAGAUGAAGAUAAUUCCUUUUUACCUGCCCCCAACCUCCCUGCUCUCCCGCUAGUGUCAGCGGUGGGAUCAGACUGGAGACCCAGCCACUAACCCAGGCCCAGAGCCCAGGCCGGCUGAGCGCUCUGCCCUGGACGGAGAUGGCCUUGGUGCUGGUCCCUGCCUUUUGCCUCCUGAGCGGCGCCUACACCCAGGAGUGGAGCGUGAGACUCGCACCAGGGCCCCUGGCUGGAGGGACCGGCUCCUGCGUGACCAUCCCCUGCUCCUUCACCUACCCCGCAGGGUGGACGGUCAGGGCCGUGAGCUGGAUACGGGACGAGGAUCAAACCGUCUAUGACCGGGACGAGGCUCGUGUCCACACGGACUUCAAGGGGCGCGCCCGCUAUCUGGGGGACCUGCAGCGCGACUGCUCCCUGCGGGUGUCGGGGCUGCGCCGCAGCGAUCAGGGCACCUACCGCUUCCGCUUCCAUGCAGCGGGCGGUGGCAGGACGGACACGUGGGGGAGUGAGCCAGGACAGCGGCUCCGUGUCUCCGACGAUCUGUGCCAGCCCUCCCUGGGGCGCCGAACACAACCGGGACCCUCCCUCACCUGCUCCGUGGGGGCAACCUGCCCCCAUCCCCCGUCGUGGUACAACCGAGAUGGCGUGCAGCGGAGCCCAGAGGCAAACCCCGGGCGGGGCUGGGGCGUCCGAGCUGCGAAUAUCCCCGUCCCAGCUGGACCCCGGUGCGGCGCUGAGAUGCCAGGUGGAUGGAUACUGGGAUGAGUGUGACUCUGACCAAUCCCAGCCCCUGGGGACAGUUACCCCCAACGUGCCCAGGGUCGCGAUUUUGUGGCCAGCACGGAAGGCAGCACUAAGGGAAGGCGACGGUUUUACCCUGCGUUGCCAGGCUGCUGCCCUGUGGCCCGUCACCAGGUACGUCUGGUCCCGCGGGGACGUGUGGCUGCCAGAAACCAGGCGGGAUUUACGUGUUGAGAAGGCAGCUGUCUCCGACGGAGGGAACUACGUGUGCGGGGUCUGGGUGUCCGGCCCCGGCUGGGGAUAUCUGAGCCUCUCUGCGAGGGAAUCGGUCGAAGUUCAGCAUGCCCCCAAAGGUGUCCAUGUUACGGCAGCGCCGGACACCAGCCCGCAGGCAGGGGCAUCGGUGACGCUAACGUGCAGUUACACCAGCAGCCUCCCCACCCCCAACUCCUACACCUGGUACCGGGGCGACCGGCAGCUGGGGGGAUCCCAGCAGGAAAUGGUGUUGAAGAGCAUCACGGCGGAGCAGGCUGGGGAGUAUCGCUGCCAGGCCGACAAUGGGAUCGGCCAGUCCCCGUCCCCCCCCAUCAACAUCACCGUCCUCUCCACCCCCCGUGUUUGGGCUCCCACCUACAUCCUGGGACCUGCAGUUGCGCUCGUCCUGCUGCUGCUGGUGGGGCUGGUCGGCGUCAUAGCGUGGAGGAAGAGGCGGAGCAAACGCCAGGGGCUGAGCAGCGAUCCGGACCAGCCGGGCCCGGGGGAGACCCCGAUGUCUGAACGCAUCUAUGAGAACACCCAGCACUAUGGCAUGGGGAAGCCAGCCCGCCUGGCCCCACCCAGGGCCCCCAGCGUGCCCACCGAGGUGUGCCCGGGCUCUCCGGAUGGCACCAGGGAAUCCCACAUCUACAGCCAGCCCAUGAACACUGGCAAAGUACCGCAGAGUGACCCAGACGAGGUCCACUACGCGGCCGUCCAGCUGCAGCCUCCCACCCGGAGAGCGGAGCCUACCUGCGAAUAUGCUGUUAUUAAGCGCUAGGAUCCAGCUGCGGCUCACCUGACACUUCCCCCUACGGCCGCCAGCCAGCUGCACAUGCUUGCUGCUUGCGCCAGCUUCUCAGCUAGGGAUCCCGCAAGGCGGCGGAGGGGCAAUGAGGAGGCACAAGACAAAGAGAUUUCCAAGGCCAGAAGGGGCCAGUUUCAUUGGCUGUGUGACCCCCCACAUUCAGAGGCGACCUCCAGUGGAAUCCUGCAUCUGGCUGCGCGGCCCCCCAGUCCCCGACGCACAGAGAUCACUUGGGGAGGGGUCAGAGAAAA